UUUCAAUUGCUUUGUUUCAGAAUUCAUCACCAGCGAACGAGGUAUAUCUAUGACUUAUUUUAUAAACGAGAAGCUAUUUCACGGGAGCUCUACGAGUUUUGUCUGGCUGCUAAAAUCGCUGACGCUCAACUGAUAGCUAAGUGGAAAAAGCAAGGCUAUGAAAAUCUUUGCUGUCUGAGGUGCGUCCAAACGAGAGACACCAACUUCGGAACAAACUGCAUAUGUCGCGUACCUAAGAGUAAGCUCGAUGCAGAGAGAGUCAUUGAAUGUGUUCACUGUGGUUGUCGAGGUUGUUCUGGUUGA